AUGCAAGCAUUUGUUUAUGAUGAAAACAUUCUUACAGAAAAUGAGAAUAAUAUUAAUGUUCAUGCUAAUGAUCAACAAAGUCAUAGUCAUAAAGAUGACACUUUUCAAGAGAAAGAACAUGUGGUGUUGACAGGUGAUGACUUUGAACGAAGUAAAGGCAAAUUUAUUUUUAGAAUGCGUCGUCAACAACAAAUGAACUUUCUACUGUAUAUUUAUACGAUAAUAAUUGUGAAAAAUGGAUGGCUCCUACUGUCACCACCGAAUAAACAUUUAGGUGAAUCUAUACAUAUUAUAUUUGAAGAACUAUGUUCUCCAACUAGUUUAGCACGUGUGAUAGGUGGUGGAUCACAAAAUGCUAAUGAGGCUUUUCAUUCAUUGUUGUGGACAAUGGUUCCUAAGCACCGAUUUUGCUCAACAACAAUUCUUCGUAUCGGAUUGGGUUUGUCCACAAUAAUUUAUAAUGAUGGCUAUGAUUCUUUAGACAAAUUAUUUACAAACGUCUUCUCAUCUGCAGGGUAUUAUUCUGUUGAAUGUUUCAGUCGACUUGGUAUGAUGAGAAAAUAUGCUACUUCGAAAGUAAAAAAGAGACGCCAAAAAAGUAAAACAACACCUGUAACAAUAACAACUGCUGCUAGUGCUAAUAGCUCAUCCAGUGGAAGUGAUGAUGAUGAAAUACCAUUUAUUCAUCCUAAUACAAAUUCUGUUAAUCUUACUCAAGAUUUAAUGGACUUGCAACUAACAGAUGACGAAUCGAAUAGUGAUUAUGAACCUGGGGGAGAUUAUUAG